GCCAUUGUACAUGUUUAGUUACCAUGACCUUGACCGACAGUGUCUGUGUUGCUACCAUCCACCCGAAAAUAUCAUGAACAGUUCACAAUGGAGGACUUUUAUACCUCCCAAAUGCCCGUCCGGCUACACUCUUUAUGAGUAUUCUCCGUUUGAUAUCUGUCUUAAGUACGUACCUCAGGGCCUAAAUUACCCAGGGGCUAAUGCUAGCUGUAAUGGGGAAAACGGAGAUCUCAUCAAAAUUGAUACUGCGAGGAAAUUCGAAAUUUUCAAGAACCAUUUAGAGGUUCGUAUACCAGAUAGUACAACGGAGAUCUGGGUUCAAGGCGUGGAGACGGAUGGAAUAUGGAGAUUUCAUGACGGUACACUAAUACCGAAUGCCUGUCCCCUGGGGGAAACCAAUAAGCCUAACGAGACACACAUGAGGUCAAUCAGUACUGAGGACUUCACGUGUCAUGACGUCAAAGCGAAAAGGAUUUGUCAUUAUAUGUGUGAAACUCGGCCAAUAUUUUAAGUAUUGUCAUGAUAAUUCAUUUGUUCGAAACUUAAUCGAUUUCAGUCACGAUUAUACUAGUAAGAGUAAUUUGCUUAAGUUAAAAUAAUACCAAGACUUAUCGUUCUUGAA